AUGAACAGUACACCAGAUGAAAAGCCGCAGCGGGCGACCGCAGCGCAGAUGGCGCAGAGGAGGAUCAAGGACGUUCGAAGACGAGGUCGUCCCAGCACUGCUGCCCCCGCUGCGACAACAGCUUCUUUUGGCGGUCCCUUCAAUUCCAUCGCUUCAAAUUCCAUAUCUACAUCGUCUGCCCCCCAACCAAUCUCAAACGGGUUCGCAUUCGGCCAGUCACAAAGCUUUCCUGGAGCUAGUUCAAAUGCUAGUCAACCAACCCAAAACGGGUCAACACCGUUCUCUUUUGGCUCUGGGGGGAGUGGGAGUGGCUCCUCAACUCCGUUUAAUUUCUCUUCGUCGUUCGGCGGAUCAGGGUCGACCGCAAGCAAUCCUUUCUCCAGCAUGAAUACUGGUUCCACCAGCCAGACGUCUGAUGCGGGCAGUUUCUCUGGCUUCAAAGGAAAUAUGUUCAGUAUCCCACCAGCCGGAAGUUCAGCUCCGGCUCAGCAGCCCUUACCCUCUGGAGGGCUUUUUGGCACAGAAUCCCAACAAAAUAGUGCUCCAGGAGGCUUAUUCGGCAGCAGCACGACAGGUGGGUCUUCUGGGCAACCCGCAGCAACAACCCCGACUCCUACGGGUGGUAUCUUUGGUCAGAACAGUGUCUCUAGCAGUGCUCCGUCGACCAAUAUAUUUGGCCAGUCCGUCUCGAAUAAACCUUCCCCAUUCGAACAGUCCACGGCGUUUGGUGAGUCCAUGCAGACAUCUCCUGAUGCAAAGAACAACAAUGCACAGUCGAAGCCGCCCAUUUUCGGCGGUGCUGCCUCGCAGUCUGCUUUUGGAGCUUCUACGAACUUCGCUAGCCCCGGAGCCAGCCCCUUGUUCGGUGGAUCUUCAUCAAAACCCGUAGAGGCACCUAAACCCCUUUUUGGUGUGAAGCCGGCAGAGCAGUCUACCCCAUCAACUUCACUGUUUGGCGCUACUACCCAACCCGGCCCUACACCGACCCCUGCUUCUUCUAUUCCUGCAGCUGCCAGCACAGCCGCUGCCCCAUCCUCAUCGAUAUUCGGGGAAUCAUCGUUAGCUAAACCCGCCACACCGUUCCAGAAUCCUUUCCAUUCCACGAAUUUGUUUGGCACUCCUGCUUCAUCUGCCCUUGCACAGGCUUCGGUAGAUAAAGGAAAGGAGGAAAAGAAACCGGAGGAAACCCAGCCUAACACUGGGUUCCAAUUUACGCCGUCUACCGGUGGUUCGUCCUUGUUCUCGAAAAGCGCGAGUUCCGCAGCUCCACCGGCUCCAUCAAGCAGCCUAUUCCAGCCUCCGUCUACAGGCAGUUUGUUCUCUCCUAAGCCCCCUGCAGAGCAAAGUACGUAUAAUGCGGAGCAGGAUAAGCCUAAGCCUGCUGAAGGAAACCCGUUCGGUAGCCUCUUUGCACCGAAGCCAGCUUCACCGGCCAAGCCCGCAACGGAGCAAAAGCCGACAGAGCAAAAACCACUUCCAUCUUCUACUAGUUUCGGUAAUCUUUUCGCGCCGAAAUCCUCUACAUCUAGCGAGGGAGUAGAGGCUGGUGGGCCACAGAAGUCAGCCACUGCUCCGCCGCUUUUCUCAGCUCCUACUUUGGGAUCUGAUGCGGCUCAAUCUUCUGGCCUUUUCACAUCGCAGUCGCCGUUCUUCUCGGCCUCUACUUCAGGAGGUAAGAACCAAUCUCCAGCUGUGACUUCCCCCGCUCCCGCUCAGAGUCCAUUCAAAGUCAAUGGCACAAGCACGGCUUCAAAGACAACUUCAUCAGCCCCUACUACCGAAAAGAUUUCGACAUCAAGUUUCGAGGAUAUUCGACCUUCUGGACUUCCUGCCGAUCUUGAUAAGGGAAGCAAGGAGGAGGUCGAAAUGCUGUACCGUAUGCGCAUGUUGAACGAGUGCUUUAAACGCGAAGUGAAUCGCUUAGACCCCGCUAAAGAUGACUUUGAUGCUCUCGUGCAGUUCUACAUGCGUGUUCGCGAGACAAUCGGGGCAUCAGCUGGUCCUCAAAAGCGCAAGGCUGAGGAUGAAAGCGCGAACGUCGAUGGCCACUCCGCCAAGAAGGUCAAGCCCUUUGGAGGGAUAGCUGCGCCCGGCAAAGAAACGUCUUCACCUGCUCCAGCAACAACUGCCACAGGCUCUGCGCCUUCUAGCAACUUUGGAGCAAGUCAAGCAGCUCCAACUAGCGGCAAGAGGAAAUUAACUGAAGAUCAGGAUGAAGAUACUGUUUCUCCCGGAAAGCGUGUCAACGGGGACUCGACGACGGCGAGCAUAUUCGCACAGUCGUUCUCCAAGUCCAAAUCCUCUGAGUCCAGCGAUGAGUUGACGAAUCCUGGCUCUACUCAAUCCGCUUCUCCUUCAUUUAGGCCAUCUACCCCUGAUUCGGAUAAACCUGCUUUGUUCUCAACUACGCCUACUUCUUCCCCUCCAAAGCCUAUAUUCGCAGCCUCGACUACGACCAAGGAAAGCUCCUCAUCAACCUCACUGUUCUCACAACCUCCGUCUUCCCCUAAGCCAACAUUCACUGCCCCUUCUAGUAGCACCACCGCCCCCUCGAAUCCUUUUGUUCUAAAGCCGUCCGGGGCUAAGGAAGCUGGAUCUGCACCUAGUUCUCUCCCUGGCAUGCCGAAGUUCGGCGCUGGAGCAACGAACUUCUUUGCCCAGUUUCAGGCGCAGGCUGCGAAGGAUGCUGAAAAGGAGAAGGAAAAGCGCAAGGCGGAAGAUUUUGAUUCUGACGAAGAAGACGAAGCUGAAUGGGAAAAAAGGGACGCGGAGGAACGCCGGAAAAAACGAGAGGAACUUGAGUCUCAAGCUACGAAGCGCUCGAAGUUUGUUCCCGGAAAAGGAUUCGUUUUCGAGGAUGCAGAUGAGGGUAGCGAUGCUUCGAAUAAGACGGCAGAGAAGGUCCCUACUUCAAGUGCUAGCGCCUCAGUUUUCGACAAGAAGACUGACUCACCUGCCAAAUCCAGUAACAUAUUUGGCCAUUUGUCGGCAACUCCUUCUGAUGCAGAGAAUGAUGAUGCCGAUGAUACCGAGGAAGCAUCUGUCGCUGGUGAAGAACCCGAGGAUAGCUCAAAGGAUACAUCCCUCGCGCCGACGAGUGAAGAGGAAAGCAGUCAAGAUGCAGAAACAAAGGAAGCAGAGGUCAAGGCAGGCGCCGGUAGCGGCACUGAGAACUCUGCUAACGACAGCAGUGAUGAUGGUGAUCUGACUAAGGCUCUUAAAAAGUCGAAACAAGAUAAGACUGCUACAAGCGAGCAAUCUGCCAGUGAUUCAGGUGCAGGCGGUCGUAGCUUGUUUGACCGCGUCGAGUACAACCAAGACGGGAAACCAAAGCGUCAGAAUGAUGGGGAGCAAAAGCCACUGUCUACGUUUUUCAAUUCCUCGAAAUAUGCAUCUUCGUUUAACUCAUCGGGAACGCCAAAUCCGUUUGCCAUGAAGUCUAAGUCUGAAGCUGAAAUAAGCGAUACACCCACCUCGAAGCCUGCAACGCCGAACCCAUUUGCCAACCUCUUUGGUUCUCCAUCUACCCCCGCUGCAGGUACUCCAUCUAUCUUCGCCCCUAGCGCCUCAAAGACCGGCGCAGAUAAUACCUGGAAGAUGAAUUCUCCCAUCAAGUUUGCCACUGAUACAAAUGCGGCUUCUACUUCGAAACCCGACUCUUCAUCAAUGGCACCGGCAGCUGAUUCCCCCAAGCCGUUCUCAACGCUAUUUGGAGCGGCGACUACUUCCAAACCUGCAUCUUCUGAAACUGGCUCACCAUCGCCUGGCUUCUCGUUUGGCGGACCAUCACAGCCGCCAUCAUUCCUCGCCCCGUCGACUGUCAGCUCAGCUGCUGCUAGCCGCGCGUCCACACCAGGAAUGACAUCCGACACAGGAGCCGAGGAAUCUGGUGAUGGCGAUGCGGCUGCAUCUCUACCUCAGGUUAACCUUGCCCAAAGUCGAGCUGGGGAGGAGAAUGAAGAUAUCGUAAUCGAGACCAGAGCGCGUGGCCUGAAGCUUGCAAAAGAGGGAUGGGCCAGUCAAGGUGUUGGGUUCUUCCGCGUCUUGAAGGAUCGCACUACAUCUCGCGGCCGUGUUAUCCUCAGAGCCGAUCCGAGCGGUAAGGUCGUCCUGAACGCCUCCUUGGUAAAGCAAAUCGAUUAUACUGUCAAGGCCACUAGUGUGCAUUUUCUCGUUCCCCAGGCCGAGGGGCCUCCAGAACAAUGGGCCAUCCGGGUUAAGACGAAGGAGGAAGCAGAACGUCUUGGGUCUGCGAUGGAAGAUACCAAGGCUUAG